AUGUUCAUCACGGAGAACUACAUGGUUCUUGUCGAUGGAUCCACCCGCUUCACGCCAGAGGGAGUUGUAAAAGGGCAGCCGCUCUGGAACUUCGACCAGGCAAGGAUUGUGCAUACCUGCUAUGCAUAUGAUGAGAACGGCAGAAUCAUUCUGUGGUCUCCGGUUGAGUUCUACGAGGUCCAGAUAGAGAAGGUGACGGGAGGGGACGAGCACAUGACAGAGUUCCCUCGCAUUAGAGACGAUCGCAUUGGCAAGCGGGCCUGCGACUUCAACUUCCGAGGAAUCCUGAAGUGGGACUUCGAAGAAUGCAAGCUGGACGGCGUGGUGAUUCGAUAUCCUGAUGAUGUUGUCGGAGGCGAGCCCAUUUUUGCACCUCGCAACGGUACGGGCGAGGAGGAUGAUGGCUACAUGGUGGCUUUGCUUUUCAACGAGAAGACCCAGGAGUCGACCUUCGCGGUCUACGAUGCCAAGACCUUCUCGUCGACGCCCGUGGUUGAAUACUCGGUGCCGCGCAAAGCUCCGCAAUCUUCGAAGCUCUUCCGAGUACUCCAACGGAGGAUCUUCGGAGCAGAGGCUUCGUGGAUAGCCCAACUUCUACUCAGAUGGGCCUGUCUCUACCUUGUAGGACUCCACGCAGCAGCAGCAGCAGCAGCAGCUUGUCCGACGCUGGGGCCGAUGUGCCAGUCGCUCUCCUUCCAGGGCGCCGCGUGGAGAGGAGAUGGAGCCCAAGCCAACUUCACGUUCCAAGUCUCUCGGGAGGCCGGAGCGCAGAAUCGCCGUAAUGCAGUCGUGGGAUGCCUCUCCACCGCCAUCGCCACGCAACCGCUGCAACCGGCAGCGGCAGCCGAGUGGUGCGAAGGAUCGGUUUUCAAUGGCUCCUGGACUAUUCCCGAGUCGCUCGGUGGGAAAGCCAGCAUCUCGGUUCGCGACGGCACGGCAGUCAUCACGGGAAGCAAGGGUGGACAGAAGUGGGAGCUUCGCUCCACAAACAUUCAGGGCGCACCACUUGUUUUUCGGAUUGCCGGAGUGCAGCGGCAGUUUUGGGUGGAUUGGAGGCCACUGGGUGGACCGACGGAGCUGCGUGGGGUAUGGCAAGGGGGUAUGUUGGACGGACCCUUGGCAACAGGCCCUCCAGAAAUCAGGCCAAGAACUACUUCAAUCCGAUCUCCGUCGGGUGCUUUGGAUUCGCCGUCCAGCUCGCAUCACAAGAGUGUGAGCUUUGCAAGUUCGAGUCGCAAGUCCGUGCCAGACUCCCCGACUCAAGGCCAUCAUAGCCCGUCGAAGCGGCCGGGCGCAGCCAAGUCUCUUCAAAUUCCAAAGUCACCAACAGCGGAAUCAGGAAUGCGAGGACAGCGGAGUGGAAGCUUUUCGCGACUUCCCGGAGAGACGCCGGAUGCAGGGCGCAAGCAUCCGUCAGCGAAGAGAUCUUUGCUGGCCAGCUCUGAGUCUAAUCCCGAGCCAUCUUCUCCGGAAGGAAGCAGCAGAAGCUACACUUUCUCGAGGCGGCUGCGCAGCCCAUCCUCAGACCGCAGAGGGCGCGACGGUCGCAACUUCUCUCCGACACUGCAAGAGCGGACAUCCACAGCGAUCCAUGCAUUGGAGCAUGGCAUGGAGCCUCCUGGAGCCUCAGACAAGUGGCGCGUGGCUCAGCUCUUCUGCGAGCUUGUCCCGCGCUCCGUGGCCAAGAUUCAACGCAUCGAACGCGUGGUCACUCCUGAGACGUACGGGAAGUUCAUGCAGAAGACGGGCACCGGGGAAAACGCAAAUGAAUUUGGAAUCGUUUUCUUCACGCCAAAGGAUGCUGAUGAGUUGAACCGAGUUUGUUCUCAUGGCUUGGCAGGGCGGUCUCCUGCAGCUCGCGUGGUGUCAGACUGCGGAGCAGCCCUUGAGAACCAGUUGCGAAGCGAGGAGCCAGGGAAAGUACUGGAUGUGAGAUCGAUGUGUGUGCUGUUCUGUGGACCAGAGGUGGCCAGGUCAAAACUGGGAGGCGCCAGCGAUCGUCCAAAGGAUGUUGUUGAGUUCGAGGUGGAAGAUGCGAGUCACUUUCUUCCAGCGUACACAAUUCACUACCAAAUUGUGGCCGACGAGCCCUCCGACCAUGCAGAGUUUCGUUUCCAAAGCCCUUCUCCGGAACAUGCACGCUCACCUUCCCGCUCGCGCCGGGUAAGUGUGCGAGAUCCCUUAGUCCAAGGAAUCCUUCAGAGGCUGCCGGAGUUGGGGGAUGAUGUUGCAGGUACCGUCUUACUGCCCAGCAACUCCCCAGAGGCUGAAGCCGUUAUCUCUUUGUAUCUUCAAAGUGGCGGAGCUUCCCGACUUCGAAGGCCGCCUGGAGUGAACCUUCGCGAAGCUUUGGGAGGGGUCGUCGUUCAACGCAUCGAAAACAAGAUGCUUGGCCUCGAGUAUCUCGAUGUUGAGCUGGAGGCAGCAAACGGUCCCCGAUUCCGGGAGGAUGUAGUCUGGCAUGGAACCCGGCUGAAGCGUGCUGAUGAAGAGGCCAGCUUGGCCCACAAACUCCAGUCCAUAGCAGAGCACGGCUUCGAUCCUCAACGCUGCAUCAAAGGAGCUCAUGCAGCCGGGGGGAUCUGGCUCGCUGCGAACCCCAUGGAAUCCUUCGGGGUGGGAGGAGAUGGACUGGUUGCCUUUGUCCUUUGCCUUGCUAAGACGAAUUUCAAUGAAUGGGUAGACACCUCCUGCGCCCGAGUGCUGCAGCGUGAAAGAGUCUUACCUCUUUAUUCUUUAGUGCAUGUGUAG